AUGAGCGCCGACAUGGAUGAUAUCCUCGGUGCCAGCCGCAUUCAGGACUGGAUCGUCGACCAGUACCAAUGGCUCGACUCUGAACCCGAAGUAGACCAACAAUUACAACAGUCUUCCCUGCGCGAGUCAUCGCUCCUGCCCUCGGACUUUGACCCAUUUACGCUGCCUACGCCCGAGCUCCCGGUUGAUGAGCACGAGCAUCUGGUACAAGAAAUGAACGCAUGGAAGAUGCCUGGCUCCUCGCGCGACAAGCCGCUCCCGCCUCGACCUGCUCUCAAGAAGACCGCACACUCGCACGACUCACAGCGCAGCGCCACAGUGGCACCUGUCACUCGCAAGAGGCCCUCGCUGCCGCUGCUCUCGACCGGGACACACGCCGAGUUGACUUCGCAUGUGUUGCCGUCGUCGCCUUCACAUGCAUCACUACGCUCGCGGCGCUUCCCGUCCGUAAGCACGACAGCAUCUGCUUCGGCAUCCCCCGCGCCGCCGCCGCAGACGCCCACGACGCCUGCAAGCGCAUUCCAGACGUUCCUCCAGACGCCCGCGCUGACUCAUACGAGCUCGUCACUGAGCAGCACGCCGUCGCAGAUCCAUCUGCCGAGCCUCGUGCACCAACCGAGUAUGCCCUCACUCUCACUCUCGAGCAAACCUUCCACCGCGAGCCUCGCGCCCAUCGCAUCACCUCGGCACAAGCCGACACUGCUCUCUGUCCCGCAAGGCGAGACGUCUCGCUGGAGCCUCGCAUCCAGCACCAACCUUGCCAGCCCUGCCACUAUCACUUUGGACACACCGAACACACCGGGCACGCCUGGCAAGCCGAAGCAGAAGACUUUCCGGACGCGCUUGCUCAGUACCAUCUCCCGUCUUGGGUCCAAGCGCGGUCCGGGAUACCCGCCUACGCCAUCAACGCCUGCGACGCCAUCACGAGUACACGUUCGGCAGCCUAGCGAUGCGAGUGAACUCGGCUAUAUCAGCCACGCGAGCGACGUCGAGGAUCCCUUCGCAGCGCCUCCGCCUCCAAGCUCAGCCGCUACCGUACAAGGCGACUAUGCCGCCUUCCUCGCGCGUGCACAUGCCUCAUCACCUGACGGUGACAGCGCCUUCGAUGGCGAGACCUCGUAUGCAACGUCGGCAUUCCCGUACUCGCUUCCCCCGGUGCCUUUUUCAGCACCGCCCACCCAGCCUGAUAUGGCUGAAUUUGGCAUUGUCGACGACCGUGCGGGAGAGGGUGACGAUACUCUCGGACCAGCGCGGGGAGAGAAGGACAAGAAGGAGGAGCGAAGGAAGCAGAGGAUGAGCUGGGCAAGCACACGUAGCGCCAGUCGUGCUCGGGUACCCCGCAAACGAUUGAUCGUCAGCGGUCUCGAUCCGCUCGACGGCGACUACGGCAACGCUCAAGAGCGAGCAGUACGCGCAUGGUGUCAGACAUUCGGCGAGAUACGCAAGUUCUCGCGCGGGUCUGACAACCAAAGCGUACUGGUUGACUGGAAGAGCGCAGCUGUCGCCGAGAAUGUUUGCGUUCUUCAAGCCCGUGUUCACAUACAGGGCGCCGGCUCAGUCGCACUGAGCUGGGUGGAGGCGAAACGCAAGUUGUUCUAG